AUGAUUUAUGGUAACCCAGCUACUAAACAACCAAUAGGUCCUAGUUCUAGGGUUUUGGAUACUAACUUUUCUACUUCGAAUGCAGUUGUGUCAGUAAACCAGGGAAAGCAAGGAGAUGAGAAGUCUGAGUCUAAUAAAUUGGUGUCUAAGUUUGGUGUUCCCAUUUGUGAUGAGUUUGUGUCUAAUGUUAAGAUUGAUGUUUUUUUCUGUGAUGAUGUGAUGUCAAACUUAAAUGCUUCUGAUGUUUCUAAUGUUGUUUUUGUAAAAUCCACUGAAUCUGAUGCUAACACAUCCACAUCUUCUACAUCCGUCACACACUCUAACUCAUGCAAUUUCACAUGUGGGAAGGUUAGAAAGUUCCAUAAGAGCAUUAGAUCUGAAAAUGGCAAUACCAGGUCUAAAAAUAAUAAGCAAAUUUGCUUCAACUGUGGUACUGCCGGCCACAUUGCUCGAAAUUGUCCUAAUAGGGCAUUUGUGCAUUUUUCCUCUCCAAGGAAAGAGAAUAAGUCUCAAGGAAGGUCUUUAACUAGAAAUUCCUCGAGAUCUCGCCCUCGACAUGAUGAUUGGAAGGUUAAUCAUAACAAGAAAAGGGACAAUUUUCAAACGAAUAAACAAGAUUUCAAUAAUAAAGUCUCAAAUAGUUUGCCACAAUUGAACAACGCUAAGCCAAGGUCGGUUUCGUCAAAGAGCGUCUAUGGAUCUUCAACCACUUCUGGUGGAAAAUCCAAAUGCUCAAAGCAAACUGAAAAGAAAAAUGUUUCAAAAUCACCCGUGACUUUUAAGAAACCUAAAUAUCAGUUGGUGCCCAAAUUAACUUCCAACCAAUCAUCAUCAUCCUCUGAAAGUGUCUUAAAUGAUGAUUUAAAAUCAAAAGGUUCAAAAGAUAAAUAUGUGAUCGUAAAGGGUCAACCCAGGAAAGUAAUGACCAGGGUCCCUAAAUCUAAAUGA